AUGGAACCUCAGCACCCUCCUCCUCAAACGAGGAAUUCUCAUCACCCUCACCUUCAGGCUCUCAUCCCGCCUUCCUCCAACUCUCUGCCGCUGAGAUCCGCCGCUAGCACUCCCAUGACCUCUCCCGGCCUCUUCAGCCCCUCCAACCCGCGUCCGAAAUCGAGUUUCCCUACACACUCCUCGUCAGAAUCCAACACUCCGAACGCCGAGACGAGUAGUCCCUACCUGCACCCGCUUCAACACCACAAAGUCAGAGAAACACACAAAGCCCUGAUCGACUCUGACAGCAUUACCGGUCGUAAACUCAUCAACCAGUAUGAGGUCAUCGAGGAAAUUGGUAGGGGCAUGCAUGGCAAGGUCAAGCUGGCGCGUAACCUCGAAACCGGCGAGAAUGUGGCCAUCAAGAUCAUCCCGCGGUAUUCCAAGAAGCGCCGUCUCGGCAAGGUCAUGGCCAUGUCUCCGCAGGAAAAGACCAUGAGGGAAAUCGCCAUCCUCAAGAAGAUGAGACACCCCAACGUCGUUUCGCUGCUCGAGAUCAUCGACGACCCGGAACUCAAGAAGAUCUAUUUGAUCCUGGAGCACGUCGAGCUGGGCGAAGUUGUCUGGAGAAAGAAGGGUCUGCCUCACAUUUGUCUCUACGAGCGUCGCCGCAUCGAACGAGAAGCCCGUGGCGAGCCCGCAACUCCCGAGGAGGAACAGUACGACUUGUUGAUGGAGAGACGUUUUGCACUCAAGGAACUGAAGCGGGCAAAAAUGACGCAGGCCAACAUGGGCGCACACGAUUUCUGGAGCAUCGAGCAUGGCAUUUCCGACGACGCCAGUUACAGUUCCCGAUCCCGAGUGGCGUCCAAGGAUGAUUUUACCACCCUGGAACGCGUUGGUGCCGAUGGUUCCCUCCCUAAUUCCGCGCAAGCUUCUAGAACGACUUCGAGAGCCCCAUCACGAUCUCAGUCGGUCAAUUCCAUGAAGAACAAUCCCGCGUUCGAUCAGGAGUCGAUCGCCAUCGAGGACGACAUGGAGACACCAGGCCCUCUGCGAUCUAGCAAUCCGGGCUCGGCCACCGCACUGGACGGGACCAUGUAUGGUCCGUACAUCGAGGAUGCUGCAAUGCGGGGACGUUCACCAAGUAUGGCCGACUCCAUCAUCUCUCACAUGUCCUCGGUCGACUGGAAUUCUCGGAUGCAUGAUCCCUUUGCUGAAGACUUUUCCUACGUUCCUUGCUUUACGCUGGAGCAAGCGAGAUCGACCUUCCGAGACACUGUCUUGGGUUUGGAAUACCUGCACUACCAGGGCGUCGUCCACAGGGAUAUCAAGCCCGCAAACCUUCUGUGGACCAGAGACCAUCGGGUCAAGAUUUCAGACUUUGGCGUUUCCUACUUUGGCCGCCCUGUUCGAGACGGCGAGCCCGACGACGAGACUGUCUCGGAAUCUGAAGCACAAGACUUCGACGAUGACCUUGAGCUGGCCAAGACAGUGGGCACACCUGCAUUCUUCGCCCCCGAGCUAUGCUACACAGAUCUGGAUCGCAUGGAACAGCCCAAAAUCUCCGAGAUGAUCGAUAUCUGGUCUCUGGGCGUCACGCUCUACUGUCUCAUCUACGCCAGGAUUCCAUUCCAGGCCGAGGAUGAAUGGCGAAUGUUCCGCAAGAUUGCGACUGAGGAAGUCUUCAUCCCACGCAAGCGUCUCAAGCCUGUCGACCCCUUGACACCCGCCAACUCCGAGUCUCUCUUCAAACGCCACAACGCGGCACCAUACAGAGACGACAAUGAGUUGGCCUACGAAGACAUCGACAACCUUUUGUACGAUCUCUUGCGGCAAAUGUUCACCAAGAACCCGGAGAAGCGAAUUCGCUUGAGGGACAUCAAAAGGCACCCAUGGGUCGUGCAGGGCAUCUCGAAUCCCAUUGCCUGGAUCGACGAUACUGAUCCCGCACGCCCGUCUCAGGGAAGGCGUGUCCAGGUUAACGACAAGGAGACAGCGCGUGCCGUCGUGCCGAUUGCGUUCUUGGAGAGGGCUCGCUCUACUAUCAAGAAGACGGUAGGGAAGUUGAUGCACCCUUUAGGAGAUCGAAGCGAUAGCAAGUCGCGCAGGAGAGCUGCCAGUAGCGCCGCUAGCUCAGCUGGCGACAGCAUGUACAACGUCCCACCAACCCCGCAUUCACGAGAGGCGCGUCGACAGAGCCUCAAAAGUGAAGAUUACUUCUCCAACGUCAAGGACUUCGCUCUAGGCACCGAGCAUCCCUUGGUUCACAGCCAGACGGGAACUCCUUACGAAUCGCCUUACGACCCUCUUGCGACCGCCAUCGCGCCACAACCUGCAAUGAGUCAAGGGGCUGCUCUGCUUCACGUUCUCCAAAACAGUUUCAGUCGCAGCCACAAUGAUUCAAGGACCAACAGUGGCACGGCGUCGCCUUCAGACCAGUCUACAAUGGCCGGGACAUCAUCAACUUACAAACCCUACAACUACUCUCAGAGUCCUUCCAAUGGCAACAGCUAUCUCACACUGACGGCGGGAGUGCCGGAGGUGAGGACGCUACCGCCAACCCCAUACGCCGAUGGCACUGUGGAUGAUCCCUUGAAGGAGUUUCGAAAGGCUCGCGGCAUCGAGGCGUUGACGGAGGAAGCACUGCGUUCGCGUUCAGUCGAUCGCGGUCUCUUCGCGAGCAACGAUAAGCGUGCGCCCCCACACGUCGGUGUUAGCACUGCCGUCGCCCCUGGCACGCUCCACCGGAUCCCCAGCCGUCCUCGUCCAGUCCGCUCGGUUGAUCUUGGCAAGGCCAAGCAGGGCGGUAACGGCCUGUCAUCGCCUCUAUUUUUCUCUUCCCGGUCUGUCACUGGUUACCAACAUGGCCAGCCACAAUCAGAUUCGAAUAUCUACGAGAACCAGCGAGCAAACGCCGACUUGGACGAACGACCGCAGACGGCUCACCGGGUUGAGCACGUGCGCAAUCUACCCGAUGCCCGGACACCUCCCCCUCGAAAAUACAACACAUCUACCCCCGAGUCGUUCGCGCGUGCGCAGGAUGAGCAGCAUCGCAAGUACAUCGAUGACUACCAACAAAGAAUGGCACACCUGGACAACGUGUCUGAUGAUUCCAAGUCUGGCGCGGACCCGAUCGAUAUCCCCUGCCCAACAUCCCCUGACGAUGAGCUCUUCGCGAGUACACCGCCGCCACCAUCACGCGAGGACACAAUGGAGACCCAGCGAUCUUCACGCUCAACCUCCGUCGUUGGCUUGGCUUCUCCGCUCACCAGCCCCAGCGAUGUUCAAAGCCCCAUCUCCUCUACCAACCAUCCUUCGAAGGAAGAGAUGCUCGCCUUCCAGUCCGACCCCUCUCUCCCGGCUCUUCUAAGCGGUUCCAGUUCCGUGUCCGCAGAUUUGGAUGCCGAACCUCUGGUCGAGCCCGGGGUGAUCACUACGAAGCCGGCUCUAUUGGAGACGACGGAUUCGCUCACGCCGCCAGCCUUCAUGAAGGAGCCGAUUGCGGGCUUCCCUCUAGAGCACUUCGAACAAACACCCUCAUUCGGAGAGCACUCUGGGUUCGACAUGUUACGGAUGACACCCAGCCCUGUCAACCGAAGCUUGGCGCCACCCCAGUACACCCCUGAGCUGCGCCCACAAGAGGAUGAUGACGACGAUAGCGACAGCGACGAGGGAUUGUUGAUGGCCAAGACGAAGAAGAAGAAAUCCAUCAACCCUAGUAGUGAACGGGUUCACUUCGGCGCACGGCGCAGGGACACCAAUAUCAGCAUUGCCAGCACCGAAACGGCCAAGAAAGUUGUCGUCCAUGGCGACGAAGUCCGCGCUUUUUCUGACUGA